GAAAAAGCGUCAGCGCGUGAGGGCGCGGGAGGCGCUGGCGCUGGUGCUGGGUGGAGGACCCGGCGGUCGGGCCGCGUGGGCUCACACGAGGUAGUUCGCGGCGUCCGGCCGCGCAAGCGCGUUCAAGAUGUCGUACAUGCUUCCGCAUCUGCACAAUGGCUGGCAGGUAGACCAGGCCAUUCUUUCGGAGGAGGACCGCGUGGUCGUCAUUCGCUUCGGACACGACUGGGACCCCACUUGCAUGAAGAUGGACGAGGUUCUGUACAGCAUUGCCGAAAAGGUUAAAAAUUUUGCAGUUAUUUAUCUUGUGGAUAUUACAGAAGUACCUGACUUCAACAAGAUGUAUGAGCUCUAUGACCCAUGCACGGUCAUGUUCUUCUUCAGAAACAAACACAUCAUGAUUGAUUUGGGCACUGGUAACAAUAACAAGAUCAACUGGGCCAUGGAAGACAAGCAGGAAAUGGUUGACAUCAUAGAGACCGUGUACCGUGGCGCCCGCAAAGGCCGAGGCCUGGUGGUGUCGCCCAAGGACUAUUCCACAAAGUACAGAUACUGAGCACUGACUCAGGCUGUGCACAGGACACUGGGAGCCUCUUCUGGCUAGACAGACUCUGCUCUCAUAGCCUCGGGAAAGGGCCUGCAGCAGAACAUGGCCUUAGGGCUGGAGGAGCCUUGAGAUGAGUUACAGGGGCCUUAACUACCUGAAGCAAAUAAACGUGAAGGAACAGUAGGAA